AUGUCUCGUAACACAGCAAUUGUUUUAGUUUUAGCACUUGUGCUUGUUGCAUAAGUUGAAGCUAUUAAAUUAUGGCCUCUCCCUAAAUAAAUAAUAAAUGGUACUGAUACAUUACCUUUUUCAGUAUGCGAUUUCAACGCAGCUCUUACUUAAAAUAAUUUAACAUCUGCUAUGCGUACCAAGAUAUAAUUCUAUGCUCAAAAAAUUUUCUAGACCAAAGACUCAGUCUAAUGUAAUCUUCGCGCUUCAGAUUUCAGUUUUACUAUUAAAGUAAAUAACACUGAUAUUAAAUUCGGAGAGUUUGGAACAGAUGAUGAAAGCUAUAAUUUAGAAGCCUCAGUCAAUAAAACUAUUUCUAUUAGUGCUAACACCUAUUUUGGAUUCUUACGCGCUCUUGAAACCUUGUCUUAAUUAUUGAGAUAAAACUCUGAUGAAGUAUCUUUAUCUCAUCUCCCUAUUUAAAUUUAAGAUGCCCCUUCAUAUGGAUACAGAGGUGUUAUGAUUGAUUCUGCCAGAAAUUACUUAAAAAAAUCUUCUAUUUUGAGAACUAUAGAUGCCAUGAUGUACAAUAAAAUGAACGUGCUCCACUGGCAUAUUACUGACGAUGAGUCUUUCCCUAUCGAACUUGAAUCAAUUCCCGAAAUGUCAAACUUUGGAUCAUAUGGCGCUAGAUACAGAUAUUCUAAGUCUGAUGUUCAAGAAAUUAUUGAUUAUGCUGCCUAAAGUGGUGUAAGAGUUAUUCCUGAAGUUGACUCUCCUGGUCAUGUCAGAUCAUGGGGUAGAUCAGAAAAAUACUCUAACAUUACUAUUGCUUGCCCAGGUGGUGAACAUUAUAAUAACUAACUUGACCCAACCUUGGACUUGACUUAUGAAGCUAAUGAUCUCAUUUUCAAGGAUAUCUAAGAACUCUUCCAAGAUUAAUAUAUUCAUAUGGGUGGAGAUGAAGUUUUUGGAUCAUGUUGGGAUUAAAGACCUUCAAUUAAAUAGUUCAUGUCUUAGAAUAAUAUUUCAGAUUAUAAUCAACUUUAAGUCUACUACAGAAAUAGAUAAAAAUAAUCAAUCUAGGCUAAUAGAACUAAAAUUUACUGGGCUAACGAAGUUUAACAUAUCCCUCCCGCUCCUGAAGAUAUCAUUUAAUUCUGGGGUUAAUCCUACACUUACAAUGUUAUUCAAAAUUUACCUAACAAAGUUAUUUUGAGUCCUGAAGAUUUCUUAUACAUAAACUCUGGCAUUAACUUUAUUUGGGGUAACUUCUUCGGAAAUUUCACUACUUGGUUAAACAUUUACCAAGUCAACAUUUCUCCUGUUGAAAUUGAUCGUUCAAGAAUUCUCGGUGCUGAAACCACUUUAUGGGGUGAAGUUAACACUGAUUCUACCUUAGAUGUUUACCUUUGGGUUAGAUCUAGUGCCCUUGCUGAAAGACUUUGGACUGGUAAUCACAGUACCCCAAGUGAUAGCAGUAUCGACAUGAGUGACUUAGCAAGAAGAUUAAGUUUUAUGGAAGACUUGAUGAUAGAAAGAGGUAUCAAUGCUGCCCCUGUAACCAACAAGUUCUGCAAGGAAAAUAUUGGAAUAUGCUUUGAUUGGAGAAAAGCAAAUGUUUAUCAAUCCACAACUUCAACACAAACAAAUACUCAAUGA